CAACUACAAAUGCGGUUGCAACAAGAGAAAUCAGUACGGAUGCUACUUGAGAGAGCUUUGGGCCGAACUUCUAGCUCUUUAUCCCCUGGGCACAGGCAUUCCGCGAAUCAGACAAAAGAUUUGAUUGCUGAGAUUGAAUUACUUGAAGAAGAGGUUGUGAACCGGGAGCAGCAUGUUCUGUCUCUAUACAGGACCAUUUUUGAACAAUGUGUUAGUCGACCGUGUUCUGAACAAAGUUCAGUGCCGACUUCACCUGCACAUGUAAAGAAGGAACCAAGGAAGCAUCCCACUAUUAUUUCGAGCACUUUUUGCUCUUCAAAGAGUUUUCCUUUUCGGAACUUUCAUGCUCUUUCUACCAAGAAUGCCUCUGGGAAAGGAAACUUAUUGCAGUCUAAAACAAAGCAUGCUUCACUAUUUCGUAGAAAAGCUAACACUUGUUUCGAAACUACAUGUUCAGAUAAUCUUAAGCAGAAUGGAAAUCCCUUGUCAAUGGAGAAACCUUCUAUACAGUUAACUUUAAAAGAGCACCUUUACCAGUGCCCCAGUAAAUUGUCAGAAGAGAUGGUAAAAUGUAUGGCUGCGGCAUACAGCUGGCUCCGUAGUUCAUCAUCCACAAACUUGGAACCGCAUAAGAAAUCGUCUUCGUUGCCUAAACAAUCCACCAAGUUGGUGCUUCCUCGACGUGCUAGUGGAGAGGAUAGCAAAUCAACGGUCGAAAUAUGCUGGAUAUCAACUGACAAGAACAACUUUUCUCGUGCAUCUAAUGCUAUAAACAACUAUAAACUUUUAGUGGAGCAACUAGAGAAGUUGAAUUUGAGCCAAAUGGAUACAAACGCCCAGACUGCAUUCUGGAUCAAUAUCUAUAAUUCCAUGAUUAUGCAUGCAUAUCUGGCUUAUGGAAUCCCCCACAGCUCUCUGAGAAGGAUAGCCUUAUUUCACAAGGCUGCUUACAAAAUCGGUGGACAUGUAAUAAGUGCAAAUGCUAUUGAGCAAGCUAUAUUUAAGUUCCGCACCCCCAGGGUUGGAAAGUGGCUGGAAACCAUCCUUUCAACUGCAUUGUGGAAAAAAUCUGGAGAAGAAAGACAACGCAUUGGUACAAAAUUCGGUCUAGAGUAUCGUUACCAACCUCUGUUGUGCUUUGCCCUUUGCACAGGAACUUCAUCUGAUCCUGAGCUAAAGGUCUACACACCAUCAAACAUUAAAGAAGAGCUAGAAGUAGCAAAGAGGGACUUUGUUCAAUCCAACAUAAUCGUGAAGAAAUCAAAGAAAGUUUAUAUCCCCAAGUUACUUGAAAGAUUUGGGAAAGAAGCUAACAUUGCCCCGGACAAUCUUUUGAAAUGGAUAACUGAAAAUGUUGAUAAAAAGCUUCGUGAUUCAAUAGUAAAAUGCAUCGAGCAUAAAAGCAACAAGAAAACAUCCCAAAUCAUCGAAUGGUUGCCUUAUAAUUCUAGAUUCCGGUACGUGUUCACUAAAGAGUUAAGUGAAAAGCCGUGGUGGCUUUGAAUCUAUUCUAUGAUUUAUUUUGUCAUGUGGUUAGGAUUCUGGAAGAUUGAAUUAAUGUGUACAUACUACAUACUUGACA